AAACGUACGUGUUUCUUAAGACAUGGAGGAGACCAAGUGGUCUUUCCUGAUUUUCUGCGUAUUAUGUUUGGUCGUCUUCACGAGCGGGUUCCUACCUAACCAUGACAACGAUUUUGGGAACUCACCGACUGCCUCGAAUUAUAAGCACGAUGAUAUCACGGAGUCGGCCUUGCUGCGUGUCAUAGCGAGGCUCCUUGAAGACACUCCCAAGCCGGAUGGUACGAAGGUCGCCAAGGGAACUCUGACUGGGUUGAAGUAUCCUACACCCCAGAGGCUUUUUGAUGCAUAUUACGGCAAGGGACAGGUGCUUGCGAAGAAGCUGCAAGAAUCCAUUGAGACAGUUAUUAAGUUCAACGCCAUUGUGGAUAAGGAACACAGAGGCGAGGCUUUGUUUCAUUUCAAUGGAGAACAGAUCAAAGAAGGGUUUGAGAAACUCAGUGCCGCGCGAGAGCUUUUCAAAGGCCUCGCCAAGGCUAGAAAUGCAAAUUUUGACGUCCUUCGUCGACUGCUGGGAGUAAUUUUACAUAUGAUUCAGGAUUUUUACAGUAACACCAACUGGAUUGAAAUGAAGGGAUCUGUUGUGUACCAGGACUUAGGUAUCAAAGGCAAACCCAUUCUUCCCGUGGCUUCACCAGGUAUUAUGACUUGUCGGAGCUGUUCCUGGCAGUGCAGAAAUAACAUUGUCCUGACAGGCGGAGUCUUGACCAGCGGUUACAGAACUGGACAGGACAUACAGAAACCUGAUUCUAAAUUUAAAUCUCGUGGCAUUGGGAAAUGCAGCCAUGGCGGUGAAUCUGAUGCUGACUCCAAGGUCAAGACAGCCACUGGGGGCAUUAACAAGGAGACGACCGUUGAAAAGCUAUCUCCACAUUAUUAUCUUCACUCCGAUGCUGGGAAGACGGCUGUCCGUGCUACAGAAAUGUACAUUGAUGGCCAAGGAAUAGGGUUACGACAGAAAAUCGGUGAUGCCAGUCUAAGAAAACUAUUUCAACUUACAACUGGGAACUCCCUUGUGUUCGUAAUUGACACAACCGGAUCUAUGAGCGACGAAGUUGCUGCUGUGAAACAGGAGACGCUGAAAAUCAUACAGAAUACUAAAGGCAAACUAAACGCACCUUCUGAAUAUGUACUGGCGACUUUCAAUGAUCCAGCUUCGCUCACCGAGGUUCGGGUAACAACUGACCCGGAUGUGAUGAUAUCGUGGAUGCAGGCAAUCCGAGUAACAGGCGGAGAUGAUUGUCCGGAAUUCCUGCUCAGUGGCAUGAUAGAAGCUGUGAAAGUGUGUCAGCCAGAUUCGGAGAUGUUUGUUUUCACUGACGCCGAUGCAAAAGACCCAGAAAGAACGUCGGAGUUUAUAGCUUUAGCAACUGCCAAACGGGUUUCGCCACAGUUUAUUCUUACUGGCAAAUGUUCAAGGAGACGGAAACGCACAGCAUAUACAGGUGAUAACUUUGUUAAACUCUCCAGUGCUGUAGGAGGAACAAUUUUCACCACCAGCAAAGCCGAGAUCAACGACACGGUCAAAAUCAUAUCAGUGAGCAGUCGUAGCUACAGUGUAUAUGGGAAUAUAUGA